AUGGAUAGAGAAAAGAAACAUACGCCUCUAUAUUUUGAUCUGAAUACGGGUGCUAAGAUCCCAUCUGUUGGCCUAGGGACAUGGAAAGCACCACCAGGUGUCGUCGGCGAAGCUGUCAAAUCUUCUAUCAAGGCCGGCUACAGGCAUAUUGACUGUGCUAAAGUCUACGGUAACGAAAAAGAGAUAGGGGUAGCAUUGAAGGAAAUGUUUUGCACUGGAGUAGUGCAACGCAGUGAGAUGUUCAUCACAUCUAAGCUCUGGUGCAGCGACCAAGCUCCAGAAGAUGUAUCAAGGGCACUGAGCAAGAGUUUAGAAGAUCUGCAACUUGAUUAUAUUGAUCUAUAUCUUAUUCAUUGGCCAUUUCGGACGAAACCAGGUUCAAGUGGAUGGGACCCUGAAGUCAUGGCACCUUUAUGCCUUGAAGAGACAUGGACUGCUAUGGAGGGCUUAUAUGCAUCAGGUCAGGCACGAGCGAUUGGUGUCAGCAACUUCUCAACUAAAAAGUUGCAAGACCUCGUUGCAUAUGCUAAAGUGCCACCUGCAGUUAAUCAGGUCGAAUGCCACCCUGUCUGGCAGCAGCCUGCACUUCACAACUUCUGCAAAUCAACUGGAAUUCAUCUCUCGGCAUAUGCCCCUCUGGGUUCUCCAGGAUCUUGGAUUAAAGGUGAAAUCUUAAAGGAACCGGUGCUGGUUGAAAUUGCUGAAAAGCUUAACAAAUCGCCUGCACAAGUAGCUCUCCGCUGGGGUAUUCAGAGUGGUCACAGUGUUCUUCCAAAGAGUGUAAACGAAUCAAGGAUCAGGGAAAACUUAAGCUUAUUUGAUUGGCAUAUCCCUCCAGAGCUCUUCUCAAAAUUCACAGAAAUCCACCAGCAAAGGCUCCUCCGAGGGGAUUUUGCAGUUCACGAAACUAACAGUCCUUACAAAAGUCUUGAAGAAUUGUGGGAUGGCUUCAAAGUUGCCCGACAAGUUCUAGACCCGACAGCAAGGAAGCGGCGGGUUGUUAAAGACAAGAAGAAGACAUUAAAACUUUUACAACUUACAUUACAUGACAUGAAAACAUGGAGAUCCUAA